UCAGAAGACAUGAACACUCAGUAGUGAUCAGGAAAGUUAAUAACAGAUAACGGCAACUACCAAUUAUUGACGUUUAUUUUUUGUUUUUAGACAUUGAACUAGUUGUUUUUAAUCUGUUUUGUCUGGAGCAUUAGGAAAGAAAUGUCUAUGUCACUUUUCAGCCUCUUAGCAAGUGGACUCAACGUUUUGAAUUUGAUGGCAUAUCCUGGAUGUGCCCUCGGUGCCUUUGUGCUUCUGUUGCUCAUUAGCUCUGUGGCGAAUUAUCCCAAUGGAAAAGUCGCACAGUCGUGUGAUGGCAUGAUUCCCCAACAUGGCCACAGCCCGCAGUCGGAGCCAAUCCACCGCCUCACAGUGAAUGACAGGACAUUCAGACCUGGAGACCGGAUCGAAGUUACUCUGUCGGGACCACCAUUUAGAGGCUUUCUCUUAGAAGCCCGGGAUGCUGAACAUUUGAGUGGCCUUCCUAUUGGCUCCUUCACAGUGAUUGACAGCCAGAUGUCACAGCUUCUGACUUGUGGAGGUGUACAGGGAUCAGCUGUGAGCCACAGAAGUUCGUCCAAGAAAACAGAAAUUAAAGCCUACUGGAAUGCUCCUAGCAGUGCCCCGAAUCAUGUACAGUUUCUAGUGACAGUUGUUGAGAAGUAUAAAACCUACUGGGUGAAGAUUCCUAGCGAUGUAAUUUCACAACCAAAUUCACUUCCUUUUACAACACCUAAAGUCACCACAAUGCCAUUGUCAACAUCUCUUCCAGUUUCCCACUUAACUAAACCAUUCAGUACCUCAGGCUGUGGGAACAAGAAGUUCUGUGUUAGGAGUCCUUUGAACUGCACUCCAGUGGAUGGGCCUGCUUGUGUCUUCUUGUCCUUCACCAAACUCAACCAUUCGGUUCUGGUUGAAAUGAGUGGUCCCAGUGAAGGCUACUUAUCCUUUGCACUUUCUCAUGAUCGAUGGAUGGGUGACGAUGAUGCUUACAUGUGUAUUCAUGAAGAUCAGACUGUGCGCAUACAACCUUCCCAUUUGACAGGACGGAGUCACCCUGUGAUGGACAAGCAGGGGCUUCUAGAGGAUGUGGCCUGGGGGCUGACUGAUGGUGUUAUUCAGUGUUCUUUCCGGAGAAACAUUACCCUUCCUGGGGAUGAGAAUAGGUUUGAUCUAAAUGCAAGCUACUACAUAUUUCUAGCAGCUGGCGCAGCUGGUGAUGGUCAAAUUUCUAAACACACCAAGCAACCUUUGAUUACAUAUGAAAGAUACGAUGUGACAGGCACUGCGAGGGACAUAGGAGGCUCUCAUUCUUCUCUGCUCUUGAAGGCUCAUGGUGCACUGAUGUUUAUGGCCUGGGUGACUACAGUUAGCAUAGGUGUUUUGAUUGCCCGAUUCUUCAAGCCUGUUUGGUCCAAAGCUUUCUUGUUUGGUGAAGCAGCCUGGUUUCAGGUGCAUCGGCUGCUCAUGCUUACCACAUCCGCUCUCACUGUCAUUGCCUUUAUUUUGCCUUUCAUAUAUAGAGGAGGUUGGAGUUGGCAUGCAGGUUCCCACCCAUACCUGGGCUGUACAGUGAUGACAUUAGCCAUUCUUCAACCUCUUCUGGCAGCUUCCAGGCCACCUGUACAUCACCCGAGGAGGCAGAUGUUUAACUGGACUCACUGGAGUGUGGGAACAGCUGCGAGAAUAAUUGCAGUGGCGGCCAUGUUCCUGGGAAUGGAUUUACCAGGCUUGGACCUUCCUAAUCCACAGAAAACCUAUACAAUGAUUGGAUUUGUGGGCUGGCACAUCGGAACUGAGAUCAUCCUGGAGAUACAUGCAUACCGGCUCUCUCGAAAAGUGGAAAUACUGGAUGAUGACCGAAUUCAGAUCCUUCAGUCCCUGACAUCAGCAGAGGCAGAGGGUCAUGCUUUUAAAAAGGCUGUGUUGACGAUUUACAUCUGUGGAAAUGUGACUUUUCUUAUCCUAUUCUUCUCUGCAAUUGGCCAUCUUUAAGCAAGCAAAGACCUUGGUUUCUAUGGGCCAUGUGGUAAUCAUCCUCAAAUAAAGAAACAUACAGCCGAUACUGCUUCCUGCAGCAGAGCCAUCAGUUCUAUUUGGGAAAACCAAGGACACAUCUACAGGGAACUUCUGCAAUUGGUCUUCAUAGAGCAAAGGCAAGAGGCCUGCAUAGACUGUACUGGAUGUGAAGUGUUUGUGUGCAGUUCUCCAUCUUAAAGUCACAUUGUACUUGAGGAGAAAGGACUCCAGUAUUCCAUGCCAGCAUUUUGCUAGCAUUUAAGAAAGUAAAGAAUAAUUAGGAAAGUGAGAUAUCAUUAGGAUAAAACAAGAAGAUAUUAGGAUUAUAUAUCUAUGUAUUAUAGUUUUUACAGAGGUGAUAUGGUACUUUAAAGAAAACACCCAUUUUUGUGGCUUAUCUGAAUGACAUUUGGGCCUUCACCCCCCCCCCGCCCCCCUCCCCCAGAGCUGGGGUUGUAGGUCAGCAGAAAAAACUUGCCUAAUAUGCCUGAGGCUCUGGCUUUGAUCCCAACCAAGGCCAAAAAAAGUAUGCUUUCCAGUUCAGUUUUGGAUAUACUUUUUUUGCUUUCUGUAUUUCAAUUCUUCUCUAGUCAAAGAUGGAGGAGCAGUUGACUUCACUGUAGAUGUUCAUUCAUAUUUAAUUAUAUAAACAUUGUAAUGUCUUCAUUAGCAAUGAGAUGCAAGUAGGCAUCUCCUGCGUAAAGAUAUUAUUUAUUGUGUUACACAGAUGAAAUGUCAUUUUAUCUGUUAUUUCAACUAUAAGAUUUAAGUCCUAUAGCAUUUGGGGAUUUAUAGACUUGACUUUCAAAUGUAAUAAAUUCACCCAUUUGAACCUAUCAAACAGUUUUCUCUUUCCUUACAGAAAUAGUUAUAUGGGUGGAAAAAGUUCCUGAUGCCCUAAUGAGUCAACACAGUUGUACUACUGCAAUAAUGCAUGGCCAGGUUUCAUCUUUGCUAUGAGCAAGUCUGGCCAGUGGGUGGCGCUAGGGCACCAAAGUAUUGGUGUUGAUAUUUCCUUGGCUGUGAUUUACCAUUCAUAUUUAUAACAGCGUCGUAUUUCUUUACAUUUUAAUAGCUUAUCUUAAUCUUUAUGUGAAAACUUUCUGCCUUUUCUAUUUUGAGCUGGACUUAGGGGUGCUACAAAUGCAAAUUUUUUUUAAUUUUAUUUUUUGCAGUGCCAGUGAUGAAAUAUAGUACAUUUUAGGCAAGACCUUGAUCACUGAGCUAUAUUGCCAGGCCCUGGCAUUUUGGAGAUAGGGUCUUGUUAUGUAUCCUGGAUUGGCUGUGAACUUCAGAUUUUCCUGCCUCUAUCUCUCAAGUGUUGGGAUUAUUGACAUGAGCCAUCAUACCUAGCAUCUCUCGUGUAGUCUCAGUUGAGAAAAUCUUUGCAGUAGGACCAAAUUAUGACUUAUAAGUGGCUGGUACCCACAGAUUCCAAGGUCUUAUUCUUCACUCUUCUCAGAUUUUGUUCUUGUUUCUGUGAUAAACAAUUUAGUUUUCCUUCCUUCCCCUUCCUCCCU